AAAAUUAAUUGGAAUAUGUUUAAAACGAAUUUAUCGAUAUUUGUUUAUGGAACACUGAAAAGAGGUGAACCAAAUAAUGGUGUAAUGAACGAUGAAACUAAAGGAAGUUGUUCGUUUAUUGGCAAUGGUAGAACUGUAAAUAAAUUCCCGUUAAUUAUUGCGACUGAUUACAAUAUUCCGUUUUGUUUAAAUAAACCGAAUAUUGGUCAUCGAAUUAAUGGCGAAAUUUAUUCAAUCGACGAAAAAAUGUUAAAUUUUUUAGAUGAAUUUGAAAGUCAUCCUCAAUUAUAUGUUCGCCGAAAAGAACAGAUAGAAAUGGAUUCGGGUGAAAUAACUACUGCAUGGAUAUAUAUGUUAGAUCGUUGGAAUCCCUCUUUGUUGGAAAAUGCAAGUGAUUUUUUAAAUAAUUAUAGUUCCACUGGUGGUCAUGGACGCUUAUACGUUGCACGGUGGGCAUAUUCGUUCUCAAAUUUUAUCAAGAAAAAAGAUUAG